UCCCUUAUGAUGGCAGACCAGCCACCUCCAUUAGAAGCCACACCUAUUUUGAAUGAAGUGCCACUUCUACCUCAUAUGGUCAAUGGGGACACCACCCAACAGGUUAUUCUUGUGCAAGUAAACCCAGGAGAGACGUUCACAAUAAGAACUGAAGAUGGACAUAUCCAGUGUAUUCAAGGUCCAGCACAUGUUCCCAUGAUGUCACCAAAUGGUUCUGUCCCUCCAAUAUUUGUGCCUCCUGGUUAUGUCUCUCAGGUGGUUGAAGAGAAUGGCGUUCGGAAGGUCAUAGUUAUGCCGCACUCGACUGAAUUUCACCCCUCCAUGCAUCCCCCUCCUCCACAUGUGCCCCAUUACAUUCAUCCCCACCCCGCUUUGCUUCCCCACCCCCCUCAUCCCGUGUACCCUCCGGUUCCAGGAACGGGAGAAAUCCCGCCCCAGUUCAUUCAUCAGCAUCCGCCACCACCUUCGCCUCAUCUUUACCAAGAUCAAGAGUCCCGUUCCCACAGCAGAGCAAAUUUUGUUCAGCGAGACGAAAGGACUCUCAAAAUGCAAGAACAUUUGAAGAAGAGGCUAAAAGACCGACAGGCGAGCGGACAGACGAAUAACAAGGCCAACAGCCCUCCUUCCUCACCUCACAAAGCUAACAGUUCCUCCGGCACCAACGUUCAGAACGGCUACGGAAAAGGGCAGCAAGGCAGCUUGGGGCAAAUCAAACAGAAGCAUGUAGGAAAAACCCGGGGAAGCCCCAUCCCUUCAGCUGAUUCAGGGAUGGGAGAAUCCGACACAGAGUCUAGGAAAUCUGAAGAACUCUUGAGCUUCAGUAAGCCUACCAUCUCUGAGCUACAGGCACGCUCAGCAGUUAUUUCUUGGAGUGCCCCAGUUGCAGCCCAGAACGAAGAAACGCAGAGUCUCACUCCUGAAGCCUUCACUUUUGAAGUAGCAGUUUCGAAUAGCGGUAAAAAUGGAAAAUUUAAAUCCGUUUACAGUGGUGAAGAUGAAAUUUUUACUCUGUCUGAACUUAGACCAGCGACUGAUUAUCAUGUCAGGGUUUCAGCCUCAGGUCAUUCCACAAAGGAGUCUGUUUCAGAGUUGGUGAGUUUUACUACAGAGAGUUGUGAACCGGAUCCUCCUGCAGCACCAAAAGUAGUCAACAAAACCAAAAACAGCCUGACUUUACAGUGGAAGUGCUCCAAUGACAAUGGGUCCAAAAUAACUAGCUACCUUUUAGAAUGGGACGAGGGGAAGAGCGGAGCCUUCAAAGAAUGUUACUACGGCCAUCUAAAGCAGCACAAAAUCACCAAGCUGUCCCCCUCUACCAAAUACACCUUCAGACUGGCGGCCAAAAACGACAUCGGCAUGAGUGGGUUCGGCGAGACGUUGCCAUGCUUCACAAUCGGAGUUGUCCCACCACCGCCCCAGCCCCCCCAGCUGGCUAAAGCAGGAGUGAACUGGCUGUCACUGAAAUGGGGCUCUCCAAAUGGCGCGUCUUCGGAUGAUUCCCUGACGUACAUUUUAGAAAUGGAAGAAGACGGUUCGGAUUAUGGCUUCCAAGCAGGGUACAAUGGAGAUGAGCUUUCUUGCACUUUAAGUGACCUUAGAAGAAACACUUCCUAUAAAUUUAGGUUGUUUGCUCACAACACUGAAGGAAAAAGUGGGCCUAGCGAAGUUGUGGAGUACAGCACCUGCCCUGACAAGCCUGGAGCUCCUAGCAAGCCAGCUGUAAAGGGGAAAAUCCAUUCCCAUAAUGUGAAAGUUACCUGGGAUCCACCAAAAGAUACCGGAGGAUCAGAUAUUUCUUCAUAUGUCUUAGAAAUUUCCGAAGCCUCUCCUGGCAGUAAAUGGGAAACGGCUUAUAAAGGUUCCACGAGAGAACAUGUAUGUGCCCAUCUCAAGCCUGGUACUUCCUACAGGCUGAAGGUUUCUUGUGUUGGUAGAGGGGGGCAAAGUCAGCCAUCCGAUGUACUCACUGUCCAGACCUCAGCUGUUCCCCCUGGGCCGUGUAGUCCUCCGUGCCUGGUUGGCAAAGCCAAGCCUAAGGAAGUUAUCCUGCAGUGGGAUCCUCCUUCAGUAGACGGGGGCUCAGAGGUAUCGGAAUACCUUCUAGAAAUGGCAAACAGCGACCAAGAAGAACGCCGGCAAGCCUACCGUGGUCAAGCUUUGGAAUGCACCGUGAAUGGUCUUCUUCCUGGGCGAACAUAUUGCUUCUGGAUACGGGCAGCCAACAAAGCAGGGCUCGGCCCUUGCUCAGAAAAGGCAGAGAUUUCUACAGCUCCAGGGCCCCCCGAUCCAUGUCCCACCCCCCUCUUAACGUGCAAAACUGCUACUUGUAUAGUAGCUACAUGGGAGAGCCCACCAUGUAAUGGGGCAGAAAUUAGUGAAUACAGACUAGAAUGGGGACAAAUGGAAGGAUCUAUGCAUGUAGUCUAUACCGGCCCUCUGCUAUUCUACGAAGUGAAGGGACUGUCUCCUGCAACUACUUAUUAUUGCAGAGUACAGGCUGUGAAUCUGGCUGGUGCUGGAUUGUUUGGGGAGAUAAGCACAGCGACCACCCCGGCUUCAGUGCCAGCAGCGAUGGCCGUCUUGAACUUGCUUGAAGAAGAUCAGUUGGAAGGUCUUCCUCUCUCCACGUGCCUUGCUCUUCUCUGGGAGGAGCCCUGUUGCCAUGGGGCAGAGAUCAUCGGCUACCACAUAGAGUACGGGGAGAAACAGGUCUUAACAGUCAACAGAGUCACAAGCCAUGUUCUGGAGAACCUGCACCCUGACACUUUAUACAGAAUCCGAAUUCAGGCCUUCAACAGUCUUGGAACUGGUCCUUUCAGUCCCUCCAUUAAAGCGAAGACAAAGCCUUUACCUCCAGACCCUCCACAUCUGGAAUGUGCCGUCUUCAGUUACCAGAGCCUUAAGCUGAAGUGGGGUGAAGGUCCGAGCAGAGCUUUAAUUGCCAACCCCACCCAGUUCAACUUACAGAUGGAAGACAGGCUGGGCAGGUUCAUCACUGUCUACAGUGGACCUUGCCACACCUAUAAAGUGCAGCGGCUGAGUGAGUCUACGACAUACUAUUUUAAAAUCCAGGCAUGCAACGAUGCAGGUGAAGGGGACUUUUCUGAAGUUUACGCCUUUGCCACAACCAAAUCACCACCGCCUGUCGUGAAAGCACCUAAAGUCCAUCAGCUGGGAGACAAUGUCUGUGAAGUUACCUGGGAGCCUUUACAGCCAAUGAAGGGCGAUGCCAUUGUUUACAUAUUGCAGCUUGCCACUGGGAGGGAAGCGGAUCAGAUCUACAAGGGACCAGAUACUUCCUACCGUGUCCCCAACGUGCAAACGAACUGUGAAUACCGAUUCAGGGUGUGCGCUGGGCGCCAGUAUCAGGACUCCACUGGAUGGCAAGAACUCUUUGGCCCGUAUAGCCCAAACGCCACUUUCUCAUCUCAAAAGCAGGAGUUGCUUGCGCCGUCUUCGGAGCCGGCUCCCGAACUCCUGAAAAGCAAGCGGAAGGCGCUGAGCGACGAACAGUUUGCGUUUCUCCUCCUCGUCAUCUUUGCAACGGUUGCCAUUUUGUUUGCCGUUAUCAUCCAGUACUUUGUGAUCAAGUAAGUCGGUGGCCACGAGAAGCGACUUCAUCACUCAGCUUUAUAAUUU